CUGUUUGUCUGGAAAUGGAUGACAGGAGAGGGAUCAUGUGGUGAUUAUCUGAUGUGUUUACUCCCUCUGAGGCAGCUGGCAUUUGCCUGUGUUAGAAAACAGGAUAGUGGGUUAGAUGGACCUUUGGUCUGAUGCAGUAUGGCUGUAUUUAUGUUAUGUUCUUGUUAACAUUGAACUUUGCCACCUAAAACAUAUCUUCCAGAAAAAGGCAUCAGUGUUGAAGACAUCAUGAGAUGGUGGAUUCUCCAUUUCCUUGAAGUUUAUUUUAAUUGUUAAUCACUCACACUUUGAAUUAAAAAAGAAAGUGGGGAAUUUUGUCCAAUUUGUAGAACCCUAAUCUGUAUUGCAAAAAUAAUUCACAGCUCUCUGCAUCAACAUUCAAAGAUGUAGAUACCCACGGAUAUAAAGGUGGGAUGCUAAGAAAAAGUGUUAUUCCCAACUGCCAGUUUAGAUCAAAGACCGCACGUUUGAAAACUUUUACAGCAAAUCAACUGGACGAAAUUAAAGAUCCCUCUGGACUCUUCUACAUUCUCCCUUUUCAGAAGGGUUACUUGGUGAAUUGGGAUGUUCAGAGACAGGUUUGGGAUUAUCUUUUUGGAAAGGAAAUGUAUCAGGUGGACUUUGUAGAUACAAAUAUUAUUAUUACUGAACCUUAUUUUAACUUCAGUUCAAUACAAGACUCUAUGAAUGAAAUUUUAUUUGAAGAAUAUCAGUUUCAAGCAGUUCUUAGAGUAAAUGCCGGAGCUCUCAGUGCACAUAGGUAUUUCCGGGACAAUCCAUCUGAGCUGUGUUGUAUCAUUGUGGAUAGUGGCUACUCCUUUACACACAUUGUACCUUACUGCAGAAGUAAAAAGAAGAAAGAGGCAAUUAUUAGGAUCAAUGUUGGAGGAAAACUCUUAACCAAUCACCUAAAGGAGAUAAUCUCUUACAGGCAGCUACACGUUAUGGAUGAAACACAUGUAAUAAAUCAAGUUAAAGAAGAUGUAUGUUAUGUGUCUCAGGAUUUUUAUAAAGACAUGGAGAUCGCUAAAUUGAAAGGAGAAGAAAAUACAGUGAUGAUAGAUUAUGUUUUGCCAGACUUCAGCACAAUCAAAAAAGGAUUUUGUAAGCCAAGGGAAGAAAUGGUGUUAAGUGGAAAGUACAAGACUGGGGAACAAAUACUUCGUCUGGCAAAUGAGAGAUUUGCUGUUCCAGAAAUUCUCUUUCAUCCUUCAGAUAUUGGUAUUCAAGAAAUGGGAAUUCCUGAAGCCAUUGUUUAUUCAAUUCAGAACUUGCCUGAAGAAAUGCAGCCUCACUUCUUCAAGAAUAUUGUUCUGACUGGGGGAAAUAGCCUCUUUCCAGGCUUCAGGGAUCGAGUCUACUCUGAAGUUCGAUGCCUCACUCCAACAGAUUACGAUGUUUCUGUUGUUCUGCCAGAAAACCCUAUUACUUAUUCUUGGGAAGGUGGAAAAUUGAUUUCUGAAAAUGAUGAUUUUGAGGAUAUGGUAGUAACUAGAGAAGAUUAUGAAGAAAAUGGACACUGUAUUUGUGAAGAGAAAUUUGAUAUUUAAUUAUACUUAUUUGAACAAACUUAUGUAAAUUACAACAGUUCUUUUUUUUAAUUAGGAAUGUGUACAAUUAAUUUUAAAUUACCACUUAACUUUUGUAUAUUACCCUUUGUCAUUUUCACAUUCCAUUCCAUCCUUAUUAACAUUUUAAUACAUUGUGUUGUUUUUUAUGCAAAAAGUGAAUUAAACUAUUGACAUGAAACAUA